CUCAACGAAAAGCUCCCAACUUUGAUCUCUCUCUAGGUUUUACUCAAACCCUAAUCCCAAUCCAAUUCCCCCUCUCACUAAUUCCCAGUCACAUUCGCAAAGCCACAAUUUCACAGCAAAAAUCAAAUUCCCUGUUCUCCGAGGCGAACGAUCACCGUCACCGCCGUGUUCACAUCCCGGAAUCGCCCCCGGGACAUGAUCGCUUCCUCCGACUCGAAACGAAUAUGUCUCAGGAUGAGGUUGCUAGGAGAGCGAUUAGGCACGCGCUGAAGGCUCUGCGGAAGCGGCAUUUGCUUGAAGAAGGUGCUCAUGCUCCGGCGUACACCGCUCUCGCCAAUCCCAUUGCUCAUCAGGGAUCAGAAUGGAAGGAGAAGGCGGAGACGUUGGAGCUCGAGCUUCAGCAGUGCUACAAGGCUCAAUCUCGGCUGUCGGAGCAGCUUGUGGUGGAAGUAGCAGAGUCCAGGUCUUCAAAAGCUCUACUCGAGGAGAAAGAGGCAGCGAUUACGGAUCAGCUGAACGAGCUGACGCAAAAGAGGGAUGAGUGCUCUCAGUUGAAGGCGGAGUUAGAGAAGAAGACUGAAGCUCUAGAGUUGGUUAUGAGUGAGAACAAUGAGAUACGGGCGCAGCUAGAAGAAAUGUCUGUUAGAGCCAAGAAUGCCGAAGCUGAAACUAAGGUGUUAAUUGACCGUUGGAUGUUGGAAAAGAUGAAGGAUGCUGAACGCCUAAAUGAGGCAAAUGCCCUAUAUGAAGACAUGCUUGAGCGGAUCAAGGUCAGCGGUUUACAAACACUUGCCAGGCAGCAAGUAGAUGGUGUGGUCCGCCAAAGUGAAGAAGGUGCUGAAUACUUUGUGGAGUCAACCAAUCCCUCUACAUGCAAGAACAGAGUCAAUGCCCAUGAUGGCGGCUGUGCUUCCAUAUUAUUCGAGUACAAUUCAGGUAAAUUGAUCUCUGGUGGACAAGAUGGGACAAUUAAAAAGUGGGAUACAAGUACAGGGGCUUUGACUAAUACACUCCAUGGUUGCAUUGGUUCUGUUAUUGAUCUUUCCAUUACCCAUGAUAAUAAAUAUAUCAUAGCAGCAAGUAGUUCGAACAAAUUGUAUGUGUGGGAUGCUAACUCAGGGAGGGUUCAACAUACUCUCACGGGUCACACAGAUAAAGUGUGUGCUGUAGAUGUCAGCAAGUUCUCAAGUCGACACAUUGUUAGUGCAGCUUAUGAUCGUACCAUAAAGGUUUGGGAUUUGCAGAAAGGCUACUGCACAAACACAAUUAUUUUCCCCAAAUACUGCAAUGCUCUCUGUUUCAGCAUGGAUGAACAGACCAUUUGCUCAGGUCAUGUGGAUGGAAAUCUUCGACUUUGGGAUAUUCAUAAAGGGAAGCUGCUCAAUGAAGUGGCUGCACACUCAAGUGCGGUAACCUCUAUAUCCUUGUCGCGAAGUGGCAACAUGAUAUUGACCAGUGGGAGGGACAACGUGCAUCACCUUUUUGAUAUGAGAACCCUAGAAGUUUGUGGGACGUUGAGAGGAAACAGAGUAGCAUCCAACUGGAGCAGAUCUUGUAUCAGUCCUGAUGACCAAUAUGUUGCAGCUGGAUCUGCUGAUGGUGCUGUCUACAUCUGGUCUAUAGCCAAAGCUGACAUUGUGAGUACCCUGAAGGAGCACACAAACUCUGUCCUCUGCUGCUCAUGGAGUGGACAUGGAUUACCUCUAGCUUCUGCAGACAAGAAUGGAGUCAUUUGUACUUGGACUUGAUGAGUAAAAUAUGUGAAUGAUAACUUCAUCUUUGUUUCCACAAGAAACUCUGUACAUAUUGUAUAAAAUUUGAUUAGUCUGGUGUAGAUAUUGAUGCAUUCCUAUUUCAGCCCUUGUGUGCAUUCUUCUCUGUUGCGCGCAUACACAAGUCUUGAAUAAAUUGUCGCCAACAAU